GUUUGACCUUCAAGGGCUCAGCAACCUCCAUAAGUGGACGAUACCGUUGAGGCGUUGCUGCAUUUGCGGCACCCUAUUCGAAAACACCCCAGCGGAAUCAAGUAAUCAAAGCAUAAUAAGACGGCCACCUAAUUUACUUGUAAAAAAUUACCUGUUUUUAUGUGACACUCAAAAGCAGUCUAUGCAUAGGUUAAUUUUUUUAUAUCCACAUAUUUACCUUAGGCGUAAGGUAAAUAUUAGAUACUAGUAUCCAAUUGAUGUGUUUGAUUUUCUGCAGAAAAAUGUUUUUAAUAGUAUGCAAAGCAUCAUAGCUAGUAAAUUUACGAGCCGAUCUUGAAAUAUAGUAAACGGAAUGAAAGUUUACCCAGGUUAUCUGUGAUCUGUUUUGCAGCUGGCCAGCUGCAUAAUCCGGAUUAUGUUAUUCAAGCCCGAUAUCUGGAUUUUCGAGAAAUUGCGAAACUUCAGAUGAUUCCUGGGAUUUACCACAAGUUCACAUCAAAAUUCGUAGUCUCUUUUGAAGUUUGGGGGAAUUUCGGUAAGGACCAAAACUCUUGAGUAUUUCCCUUAAACAGCUUGAAAUUCUGUGGAAAAAUCUCAAACUAGGGAAAGUCUUGGGGUUUUCGUCUCAUUCCCCUAAGUUUUCUAGUUCGGGUUCCCAAAAGGUUGGCAAAAUUUCCCUCGAAUUUGGGAGAUUGGGAGUCUUUUUCUAAAUAGAAACCCCUCAACGGUUCAACAUCUUGUCUGUGAUACCUAAGUUCUUAGUGUUAACAUUUUGUAUCUAGUGUCCAAGAUGUCAUAUACUUGACUAAGGAAUCAGAUCAUACUUUUCGUAAUCAUCGAAGUAGUAAAUUUCCUUCUCAGUGUUUCUAGAUUCAUAAACACUUUUCUUCAUCUUAAAAUCAAGAACAUUCUGAUCUUCGACUUGCCAAUCCUUUUAAGCGUUUAUUUCCUACAGGGCCAACCACGUGAUUCUUGUAAGUUGGUAUUUUAUCAGACCAGCAUUUGCGUGUCUAUGAGCCUAUAUUUAAAGUAUUUCACUUAUUCCAAGCUUCUACUUCAUUUUACAAUGUGGUAUCUUUGCGAUCACAUUUUCGAACUUCAUCUCAUGGCCUUUGCUAGGGACCUAGCACAAUCAUACUCCUCAGUCGGAAGUAGACGGUAAUAUUUUAAAACCGAAAUCUUAGCUGCUCUAGGACUUCGAUAUUGGGAAUUUGAUCUGUCUCUGUAACGUGUUAGUUAGUGGAAAUAAACCAACUUAACCGUUUUACUUUACCAAAAACAUAUGCAUCUUUACCAUAUUCAUCGGUUUCGGUUCCUGAAAAAUCAACUAAGUAUUGUUUUAUAACAAGUACGGUAGAACAGGGUACUACGAACUAAGUAUGAAUGUUGCUGUUGGAGAUUAUGGAUUCUGAACAUAUCGCUUAUCGGAGCACUUUUUUCGAAAACAAUAUAAUUUCACCUGAGCAACCCCCUGUAUAUUGACAUGCAUAAAAAGCUAUUUUUCGAAGUGCUGAAUACCUCUCAGAAAAGUAAUCCAGAGUAAAUACUUCAUCCUUUACUUAUGACUUCCAUUCACGAGAGUGUUUCAUACUUGUCUACAUCUUUGUACACCUGAACAUGAAGUGCUACUACCAGAAAUUCAUUUCACAAAAUCAAGGUAAAUAAUGUUAAUAUUUAAGUUUACUUGUCACAUUUAUAAGCCUUCGUACAUUAUAAAGAGUUGACUGUUGAAUCUUCUGAAUGAACACUAGUUAUUUGAUAUGUCACUCUAUUGAACAAACGUAUUUGGUAUUCAUAAUUCAGCAGCCAUUAUUCUUUAUACAUACAAGCAUUGAAGGAUAUCUCUAUUUCUUUCGUGUUUCCAUUAGGAACCACGUCUUAUUAACGUUACUUAUUUACUUAAGGGAAAAAGUGCAAGUUUGCGAAAAUUCUUAAUGCUAAAGUCGCUACACUGUAAAAAAAUUAGCCAGGAGAUAAACAAAGAAUUGGAAGUAAGAAUUUUGUUGGUAAUGAAAAACAAAAUUUGUAACUCAGAGAAAGCAAUAAUAUAUUGUACUCUAAUGCUUGGUAAAAUCGGUUACGAUGCGUCCUGGUUAUCUUCAAUACCGUGGAAGGCUAUCCACUAUGCUCUGUUAUUUUUGAUGAUUGAAAUAGUGACUUUUGCGUAUGGAGUUAUGGUGUUUAUUCUCCUAUACCAAACAUACAUUCCAACCGUAAAAUUGGAAAGAGAAUUAGAUUUAGUGUUUGAUACAAAAUGUAGUGUACGAACGGGGUGUCCCAACGUUUGCAGUUUUCCUACAGCCAAUUUCUCUGUUUCUGAAAGUGGAAUAUCUCUCUUAACACCCAAAUAUCCGUACAUGCUCAUGCUAAACCUAUGGCUUCCAGAUUCCAUUCAUAAUAGAAAUGCAGGUAUGAGUAUUAUCACCCUAGAACUAUAUGGCCGUGAACAUGUUCUUAUACAGCGAUUCAGAAAACCAUUUUCAAUGCCUUAUCGAUCUAAUGAAGUUCGAAUGAUAAAUAAUAUACUGUUUGCCCCCCUGUAUAUAAUCGGUAGGAUGAAAGAAGAACUGCUGCUUUCAAUUGAGAUGUCAUCUAGUUUCCAGUUCGAUGCGACUCAACCAGUUUUGGAAGGUCGUAUCAUUAUGGAGUCCAAACGCUACUUAUGGUCAGCUUUGGAGCUUAAAGUACAGACGACGCUUAGCGGAUUUCAAAACGUUCUAUACUACUAUCCACAGGUUUCUUUCAUAAUUUGCAUAUCUGUCGUUUCAUUCCUUAUGAACAUGAUCUACAUAUCAUCCAUUCUUUUAUACAUUUUAUGGCGAUUUCUCAAGAAAUGCAGAAAUCCCGAACUUUCAAAGGUUAAAGAUGACCGAAACCUGAAAACUACCCACUAUGCGGUGAGAUUGACUCUGAAGAUAAUUCAUUUUCAGAUUAAAUCUACGUAGAAAUUUGUAUCACCGUUGACAUUAUUCAUCACUUUCACUUUCAUUACAGGUCUACUGCUGUAACAACUCAAAUGUUUCCUCUUAUUUUUUUCAUCAUAGCUUAUUUUUUAUGAAACUAACUAAUUCUAGUCUUUGAAUUACACUCUUUUUUUACAACUAAUGGGGUUUGUGAACGCCAUUUGUACUCUUCAGGUGUUGACACGGGUAAAAAUCCAGUUUUAUUUUGCACAUAACUAAAAUAUUCAUUUUACUCCUUAAGAAUGAGGUUUUAUAAACAUUUUAGAGAUUUACAAAAUCAGUGAACUAACAAAUGAAAACUCGGCAGCUAACGCACAAUGUCAGUCAGUCAGUAACAACGUA